AUGGACUCUCCGUCUCCACGUAGUCUGCCGCAGAAACAGGAGCAAAACGAGCAUGAUCUGUUGCGCUCGCACUAUCCCGAGCACUACGCGGCCAUGUACUCCUCUCAUGCGCUGCCCGAGUCGCCGUGCCUGUCGGAAACGCCACCGGCAUACAUUUCGUCUCCAGCGCCGCCCCAGCAGCCGGCCUCUGAUCCGCAGCAGAUGAGCCAGUUCUCCUUUGUGCCGUACGGGCGAGGAGCCGCGCUCGACUCGUCCGCCAGCCCGUCGCCAGCGAAAUGGAAGCUGCCGCGGGCGACACUGGAGCAGAAAAUACGGGUCCUCGACUGGCACCACCGGAGCAGCAAAAAGAGCCAGCAGCACACAGUGAACUAUUUUAAGAACUUGGGCGAAUUUGCAAUCACCAAAAGCACGCUCAACCGCUGGGUUUUGAGCGAGCCGCAGCUGCGCGAGGUGUACCAAAACCUCACUUUGAACAACAGCAAGGUGUUCAAAACACGCCCAAAGCUGAAAGACCCGGAGAUCAACCGGUGCUUGGAAAUACUGUAUGCUCAGUCCUGUCUAGAAGGUCGGCCCCUGAGUGAGAAGAAUUUGAUUUCGAAAUGGUCAGACUUCUAUAACCUGUGGCACGGGCUUAGGGACUCGGACGGCGACAAGAUGCCGUCCAGGUCGAACGGCUGGCUGCAUCACUUCAAAAAAAAGAACUCUGUGAAACGGGAGCUGGCCAGAGACUUCUACGCGGACCCAGAGUUAUUUAGGUGGAGAAGUCUGGACGAGGAACAGGACCGGCUGCGAGCGCUGCUGGAGCCCUACAACCCGAGCCAGGUGUUCGAGAUCGACGAGGUGAGUUUCAACAGCAGGCUGUCGUUCUUGUCUGGCGACGCAUCGCAGAAAAACGAGCCCAGCUCGCGAGUCGUCGUGUCGCUUAUUGCCAACUCGGACGGCACCAAGAUCUUCGAGCCUCUUGUUGUCUCCAACACCCCCGCCUGCAAGGGCUUGCCCAGCCCCAACGUGUUCUACCACAAAAACGGGCUUCUGACCACAGAAAUAUUCUACAAGUAUAUGCUGCACAUCGACGCGCUGCUCGACACCGAGGCAGUAGUUCUGCUGGACACUCUUCAUUCGCAUAUCAUUCCCAAGGCCGCGUUCCGGAACAUCAGACUGGUCUAUUUCUCGCCCAACAUUGCGGACCCAAAAUACACGUACCGUCCGCUGGACUUUGGGCUCAAAAGAAUAUUUAAAAUGCUGGUCAAGUCGAGUAUAUUGUCGAAAUUCGCUCAGACAGUCCCUAAGCUGGACAUCAUCGACGCCAUCGGCGCCGCCGUCAACACCAUCAGACAGCAUUCGUACACAAUCUCGAGCUUCCAUUGCAGCCACCUCAUCCCGCAACUGGUAGCACACCCGCACGCUGUUUGCAACGACAGUGGGGUGGAAAACGAGCUUUUCCAUCUGCUCGACCUGUACCGUGCCCGUGGUCUUGUUUCCAGGUCCUUCUCGAUGAGAUGUCUCCAAAACACGGGAAGAGACGUCGAUUUGGAGGAGCUGCUUUUCCCGCAGGACGAGGAGGUGGAAAACGAGCAUUUCACUGACGAAGACAUCGUUGCGCUCGUGAAAAAAGAGCUCAGCCACGAACCUGACGAAACGCCAGCCGGCGCCCAGCACAGCCCUGGCCCGGAAUGGUUCGCCCCUGCGAACUCAGACGCUCGCGAAUCCUCGGAAGCUGCGAAGGUGUUUCUGGGUCAGCACGACCCAGACUUUGCUGAAAAGUACCACACGUCUGCGAGCAAGAACGGGUCGAGAAAGCGCCGGAUCGUCUCCUCGGAGACGCACGGCCGAAUAGUGGCUGCCAACGUAGAAAAACAGUAUAGAUGA